GGCAGCUUCCAGAGCCCGGGGCCACCUCCGCCCCAGAGACUGCGCCUGCGCGGGCCUGGGACUUAGGCUCCGUGAUGACUGUGAGUGGCCCAGGGACCCCUGAGCCCCGACCCAUCGUCCCCGGGGCCAGCUCAGUGGAGCAGCUACGCAAAGAGGGCAACGACCUGUUCAAAUGCGGAGACUAUGAGGGCGCCUUAUCGGCCUAUACCCAAGCCUUAGAUUUGGGCGCGACGCCCCUGGACCAGGCCAUUCUGCACCGGAAUCUGGCUGCUUGCCACCUCAAGCUGGAAGAUUAUGAUAAAGCAGAAACGGAGGCAUCUAAAGCCAUUGAAAAGGACGGUGGGGAUGUCAAAGCACUUUACCGGAGGAGCCAAGCCUUAGAGAAACUGGGCCGCCUGGACCAGGCUGUCCUUGACCUGCAGAGAUGUGUGAGCCUGGAGCCCAAGAACAAAGUCUUCCAGGAAGCCCUGCGGAACAUUGGAGGGCAGAUUCAGGAGAAGGUACGAUACAUGUCCUCAACAGAUGCCAAAGUGGAACAGAUGUUUCGGAUACUGUUGGACCCAGAAGAAAAAGGCACUGAGAAGAAGCAAAAGGCUUCUCAGAACUUGGUGGUGCUGGCCCGAGAGGAUGCUGGAGCUGAGAAGAUUUUCCGGAGCAAUGGGGUUCAGCUUUUGCAGCGCCUGCUGGACACUGGAGAGACUGACCUCAUGCUGGCAGCUCUGCGUACACUGGUUGGCAUUUGCUCUGAGCAUCAAUCACGGACAGUAGCAACCCUGAGUGUGCUGGGAACUCGGCGAGUGGUCUCCAUCUUGGGUGUGGAAAACCAGGCUGUGUCCCUGGCUGCCUGCCACCUGCUGCAGGUUAUAUUUGAUGCCCUCAAAGAAGGUAUCAAAAAAGGUUUCCGAGGCAAAGAAGGUGCCAUCAUUGUGGAUCCUGCCCGGGAGCUGAAGGUCCUCAUUAGUAACCUCUUAGAGCUACUGACUGAGGUUGGGGUCUCUGGCCAAGGCCGAGACAAUGCUCUGACCCUCUUGAUUAAAAUGGUGCCCCGGAAAUCACCUAAGGAUCCCAACAAUAGUCUGACUCUCUGGGUCAUUGACCAAGGUCUGAAAAAGAUCUUGGAGGUGGGGGGCUCCUUGCAGGAUCCUCCUGGGGAGCUUGCGGUGACAGCAAACAGCCGCAUGAGCGCUUCCAUUCUCCUUAGCAAGCUCUUUGAUGACCUGAAGUGUGAUGCUGAGAGGGAGAAUUUCCACCGACUCUGUGAAAACUACAUCAAGAGCUGGUUUGAGGGCCAAGGGCUGGCCGGGAAGCUACGGGCCAUCCAGACAGUGUCCUGCCUCCUGCAGGGCCCAUGUGAUGCUGGCAACCGGGCUUUGGAGCUGAGUGGUGUCAUGGAGAGUGUGAUUGCUCUGUGUGCCUCUGAGCAGGAGGAAGAGCAGCUGGUGGCUGUGGAGGCUUUGAUCCAUGCAGCCGGCAAGGCCAAGCGGGCCUCAUUCAUCACUGCCAAUGGUGUCUCGCUGCUAAAGGACCUGUAUAAGCGUAGUGAGAAGGAUAGCAUCCGCAUCCGGGCACUGGUGGGACUCUGCAAGCUUGGCUCAGCUGGAGGGACUGACUUUAGCAUGAAGCAAUUUGCUGAAGGCUCCACUUUGAAGCUGGCCAAGCAGUGUCGAAAGUGGCUAUGCAAUGACCAGAUUGAUGCAGGCACUCGGCGCUGGGCGGUGGAGGGCCUGGCUUACCUUACCUUUGAUGCUGAUGUAAAAGAAGAGUUUGUGGAGGAUGAGGCUGCUCUGAAGGCUCUGUUCCAGUUCAGCAAGUCCGAGGAGAGGUCGGUGCUCUUUGCAGUGGCUUCAGCACUGGUGAAUUGCACCAACAGCUAUGACUAUGAGGAGCCUGACCCCAAGAUGGUGGAGCUAGCCAAAUAUGCUAAGCAACAUGUGCCUGAGCAGCACCCUAAGGACAAACCAAGCUUUGUGAGGGCUCGGGUGAAGAAGCUACUGGCAGCAGGUGUGGUGUCAGCCAUGACAUGUAUGGUGAAGACCGAGAGCCCGGUGCUGACUAAUUCCUGCAGAGAGCUGCUCUCCAGGGUCUUUCUGGCUUUGGUGGAAGAGGUGGAGGAACGAGGCACCGUGGUUGCUCAGGGGGGAGGCAAGGCUCUGCUCCCGCUGGCCCUGGAGGGCACUGACACGGGGCAGACAAAGGCAGCCCAGGCUCUCGCCAAGCUCACCAUCACCUCCAACCCAGAGAUGACCUUUCCUGGUGAGCGGAUCUACGAAGUGGUCCGGCCCCUCGUCUCCCUGUUGCACCUCAACUGCUCAGGACUGCAGAACUUCGAGGCACUCAUGGCCCUAACAAACCUGGCGGGGAUCAGUGAGAGGCUCCGACAGAAGAUCCUAAAGGAGAAAGCUGUGCCCAUGAUCGAGGGUUACAUGUUUGAGGAGCAUGAGAUGAUCCGCCGGGCAGCCACAGAGUGCAUGUGUAACUUGGCCAUGAGCAAGGAGGUGCAGGACCUCUUUGAAGCCCAGGGCAAUGACCGGCUAAAGCUGCUGGUGCUAUACAGUGGAGAAGAUGAUGAAUUGUUACGGCGGGCAGCUGCUGGAGGCCUGGCCAUGCUCACCUCAAUGAGACCCUCGCUCUGCAGCCGCAUCCCCCAAGUGACCACACAUUGGCUGGAGAUCCUACAGGCCCUGCUUCUGAGUCCCAACCAGGAACUGCAGCACCGGGGUGUUGUGGUGGUGUUGAAUAUGGUGGAGGCCUCCAGGGAGAUUGCCAGCACCCUGAUGGAGAGUGAGGUGCUAGAGAUCCUGUCAGUCCUGGCUAAGGGCGAGGAAGACCCUAUUACUCGGGCUGCUGCAGCCUGCUUAGGGAAAUCAGUGGAAUAUGGGCUUAUCCAACCCAACCAGGAUAAAAAGUGAGGGGCUGCCCUUGACCCAUGGCUCAUGCACACACUACCGUUGCACUGAGAGUGAGGACAGAAGCAGCUUUGGCUGAUGGGCACUGGAACACUGAACACUCUUGCCUCUCCUCCACAGCUGCCCUUUGACAUCCUCUCCUGAGUUUUGGAUCACAACCAGUCACACAGCCCUGCUUUGCCGGCACUGACUCCAGCCUUACAGGGGCCCUACUUUACUACUGUAGAGAGCUGGGUAUGGGGAAGGUGCAUUACAGCUCUGCCUGUGGAUUCUGGUCAUCAGGAAGGGCAUAUCAGCAGCCUCUCCAGCUGUGAGCAUCAUCUAAGUCUAUUAGCAGGCCUGCCCCUCUAAUAAAGUGUAUUGUACUCAAAUGUGUGCC